AAAACCUUUUACCAAGGGAAUCAACACGUUCUCCUUCAACUAAUUAUCUGAAUUCUGUUCAAAUGGAAACAAAAUAACUUUACUCGUUCAGUAACUGCUAACUUUGCCAAACCACGGCUUGCAAAAAUAUUAAUAUCGAGACAGCAGGUUUCGUGAUAUAUCAGUCAUGAGAUUACUUUGAGGAAAAUAUAAAUCCGCAUUUUACCUUCGGGUUUUUCAUUUAUCGAAACAGUGCAACCAGUACAUAGAUUUAGUGAUGGGUGUUCUUAGUAAAGAAAUAUUCGACAAGCACAAUGAUGUUAAUUGUGAUGUGUUCCACAUAUGGACUUCUAGUUGUUGGAAUGCAAAUUUCUCCACUUAUUUCAUGUGGAAUGUUAUUGUAGGAUCUUCAAGGUUCCUUUUGCGAAUUUAUUUGUUGAAGAUGUUCCUGAGCAUAGGAAAAAAGGAUAUGAAGACUAUUAUUUUAAAUUUUCUGGUAUCUGAAAUGAGGUCCACCAUGUAUUCCACAGCCAUGGGAGUUUUGAUGUUAGCUGCAAUUUGUUCUUUUCGGUUGAUAUUUGGCAGAAUACAUUAUUUCACUUUACUUUUUUUACCUGGAUGUGUGUCUGGUCUGUCGUUACUAGUGGAAUCCAAAAGUAACCAAGUGUUACACUCUCUUUUAUAUUUCAAUUUGGUUAUAGAAACCAUACUGAGGAAAUCUAAAAUCAGUUGGGAAUGGGAAACAGUGAUAUUUAUGAGUGUCAGUGGUUUGCUAAUGCAUUUUUUGACGAAUAGGCACGAUAAAAUCGAUUUUAUCCACUUUUGGUUCUAUACACCACCAGUGAAGGACGGAAACUGUGAAAAAUAUCUAACCACUUGUUCCCACGAUAAAACCUGUCCAGUUUUUGUUUAUCAGGGCUUUUGGAAAUAUUUCGUUCUAGGAUACGGUGUCAGUAUAAUCAAAAAGCUACUAACCAGAAUGGGAAGCAUAGUGAAAGAACCAUCGACCAUACUCAGAAUGUGUUUCAAUAGAUCGAAUUUAUAUUUUGGUUCAUUCAUUGGGAGUUACGUGGCAAUAAAUAGGAUGUUAUCCUGUUACCUUCCGAAAACUAGAAUGUCCGAAACUUUCCAUGGGCUCAUUGCUGGUCUAAUAUCUGGACUCACAUAUGCCAUUUCUCCAAACAUUCAUGUCCUAGUAAUCGCAAUUACUACUCUGCUACAGAUUUCAUAUAAUAAUAUUAGCAAACAUCUGAAAAUAACCAACCAUUACUGGAAUCGUUUGGUGAUCUACGUGCUGUGUCAGGGAUAUCUCAUACAUCAUAAAUUCUGCUACCCAAAAGCAUGUGCUCCUUAUUAUAGCAAAAUGAUAGAUGCAUGUACAAACAACGUAACUGUGGACGUAUGCAAACACUUUAUCAAGACUUUUUCUCUGUGAGAAAAUUAUAAAAAGCAUGAAGAUGAUUUCAGUUGAAUCAUGUGCACCCCAUCUUCAGACUGACUGAAUAACCAAAAUUCAAAUGAUAUAUAUACUUACUCAAUAAAUGUAUUCGUGAAUCAGUA